CGCGCUAGGCGUGUGAGUUUCAAAACAGAAAUGGCGACGGAAAGGGUCGAAGCACUGCUGGAAAGGACUGACUUGUCCUCGUCCAAAUCAUGCAACACGACCGAAUUGCAGGAAACAGGAGAAGGAGAAAUGAUGGUUCCUUAUCUGAUGGACUGCCGUCGAAAACAGAAGCAGGUAUUCAGGCAGCUGUUUGUGGUGGACGACAUGAUCCAGCUCCUAGCAGGUCUGGAGUCAGUGGAUCAGCUGUUGAAUGAGCCAUGUCCUCAAAACCCAGGUAAUGGAGCUCGUUCUGCAUGGAAGGCUUUAAAAGCAGACUAUCAGGAGAAAGUUGAGGAGAUGGAGGGGCUGAUCAGCACUCUUCAGAUUCGCAUGGAGAAGCUGCAGACUAAACGCCAAACACUGAACUCUCUACUUUCCACUUUGGAGAUGAAGAAGGAGGAAUGCAAAGAGAAGGAGAGGAUCACAGCUAAACAAAAUCAGAGAGCUGAGAAACAAUUCAGCUUUCAGUUGGAAGAUUCGCUACAGGCAGCCCAAAAUGCCAUGCAUUUAUGCGAUGUGCAGCUUUCUAAGCUCAAGGAUGAGGUUGAGAAACGGCAGGCUCGAAUUAGUGACUGGACACUAUUAAGAGAUGGGCUGCAGUCGCUGGUCACAGUGACUCACGGAGGUAUGCAGUACAGGCUGCUGUCAGUCAGCCCCUCUGAGCUCUGCCUUGAGCUUUUGACUCAUGCUGGCGAAAAACCACUUGAACCGCUGCGUGUCACCAUCACCAUGACAACCAAAGACGAAUUCCAUCUUCAGGUGCUUCAGGGAACUGCUGGUCUUGUAGAGGAGGGGAUGAAUGGCCCUCUUAGGCAAGUGAGCGUUGCCCUUGAGGAAGUGAUGGAGAAGUACAUAAGUCAAGGAGAAAUGCUGUCUGAGAUUCAGUCUCUGCGUGCCAGGUAUGCAAUCGAUUGGUGUCCUGCUGAAAAGCUUCUAAUCUUUUUGAAGACUGCAACCAAAGUAUGUCAUCUGAGGGUUGAGGAGGGAUAUCCGUCACAUGGCCGAGCUAUCCUCCUGUCUGUGAGAAAGGAUGGCAAUCUCCUUGACAUCACCAAUCUACAGCCCCCAGUUCAGCAUCCUGUCCUGACAGAGUGGCUUGAGUUUCUGUCCUCCAAUCCCAACAUCUGACAUCACAAAGUUUACUCCGCUUCUCAGAAGACUCCAGUCAUCACGUAUGUCACCUCCUGAGUCAGACUCUAUUAGAUAUUACACAUUAACCAUCUGCAUUGUACAGUGUAUGAAUUUUAAAAUGUAAAUUAAUGUUUGUAUUGUUUCUGAGUUCAUCAUUAGUUCCUUUAGAUUUUAUAUAACCAACCCAGCCUGUUAUUAUUUUGAUAAUUAUAAAUUGCAUGGAAAGAUUGAGCACUUCAUCAUUUCAAAUUGAUGCUCAUUACAUGUUUUAAGUCACAAAGAGCUCUACAUUGUUCAGUGGUAAUUACAGCAAUAUAGUUAAAGUGUAAAUGUCAUGUUUGUGUCUAUUCAAAAGCAAUAGGGUAAAUAAAACAAUUCUAGUUUUUACAGUGAACUCUUGUUAUUCCACACUAGAGGGCAGCACUUUCUCUGAGUAGUGCCGCACGCACAUUGUUCCAUCUGCUGACAUAACAGGUUAGGUAACCAUUUAGACCGUGUCUGGAGACUCAAGCUUCUUCUGAUGCCUGGAUAUUUAAUCCUCCUUUUCUUUUUUGCUACACAACAAGUUCAUUUUUCACCAUUUUUCUCUUCUUAAAUGUCCUCGGGUUUCCACCUCAGACACGAAAAGCUCCUGUCACGUUGGCUUCGGGCAAUCCUUGUGCUUGUUAUGAAAGAAGAGAUCAAAUUCGGUGUCUUUUCUUCUUCUCAUGGUUGUUCUGACAUACUCUACUUGGCACUUGAAGCAUGACUCCACUUUCUGUACCAGUUAUCCCUCCUCAUGUCACUGCACUACAGGAGCUGCUCUCAUUGGCCAAAUAGGAUGUGAGGUCUGCUCUGGAUUUAGCCAAUAGGGAGCUGUUAAACUCUGAUUAUGAGGGCACAAUGACCCACUUCUGGGUCCAUGUGUGUGGAGAGCACUCUACAUAUUCUGUGCUCACUCUGCUGUCUGUAAUGAGAAGGGGCCUGGACUACCGCAGCUAUCUUUGCAGAGAUCAUCAUCAGAUUCCAUGUGCUGUGGGGGAAAUUAAGACUGGCAAAUAAUGACAAAAAUAUUGUUUGGUAGAAAAAUAAAAAAACUCAUUUUUAUUA